AUGGCUAUGGUCAUGUCAUGUCUGAUUAUAGUGGAACUAGGAGCUCAAGAUGAUGAAACAGAUUAUGGACCUACUAGUUGGGUUAAUCCUAACUAUCCUAUCUAUGGGAGGACAGUAGGGAGCUUGAUAGAGACUUAUGUGCACCAUGUUCUAACAUGGCUUACAAACUGUUCGGGUUACAUGACUUGGUGGACACUUAUUUAA